CGGUCCCACAGCCUCUCCGGACUUCUUGGUUGCUCUGCUGUAAAGGAGGCCUGCUAAAGUGGCUGACCUGUGCUGGGCAGGGAUGAAGCAGGAGGACUUGGGCAUGAGCGUAUCAGCUCCUGCAGGCUUAGCGUGGCAUAUUGGUCCCAGCCUCCACACCACCAUUGCUCCUAUCAUCCAUCUCUCCACUUUCAGCUCCCCUGCUUAUACCACUUGCUACAGUCGCACCCAGGGGAGAGAAAGGGGAUGGGGCCCACCAGGCUCUCUAGAUACACCCCACCUCGGAGAACCCACGUGCAGCCCUCAACCCAUCUGUAACACAGCCCACCCUGAGGUCUCCAGAGGCGCUCUCCUGUAUCUAGCUCCUCCCCCAUUGUUUCCAACCCAUUGGUCCAGUCGCGGCUCUGGUGUGCAGCCUAGAUAAGCCCUGCUUUCCUGGGCCCCUGUUAUCCAACCUGUGUGUGGAGGGGGAGUUAGGAUGGGUGUGCCUGUUGUAGUGGAGGCAAGUCCUGCUGACCAGGCUGUGCCUGGGGUCCCUGCCAACCCUCCCCUCUGUCCCUCAGCUAUGGGCCACCCUCCCGGGCCUACUGGCUCCAGCCCCACCUCCCGCCUCCCUGCUUCCCGCCCUCUGUGGGUGGGAGCCACAGCCCCAGUUGAGCUGUUCCGAGCUAGACUGUGUCCCCACGAGUGCUAGAGAGCUUUGGUUGCAGAGCCAGCUGGCCAGUCUGAGGGUGCCCUGAAGCCUGUCCCUGCCCUUUGCACUGGGAGCUCUGGCCAUCAGGAAGCAGAAAGAGAAUGGUGGAGAUGAGUAACUCAAAGCCCCGGGAGGAGACGUCACCCACGCAAGGGUGUUUCUAGCCCAGCCAACUUGAGACCAGGUGCCUGUGAGAGCCCCAGCCAGCCACCGCUCACACACUUGCUGUGCGCAGGCCCUGGAACCAUGUUUGGAAAGAAGAAGAAGCGGGUGGAGAUCUCGGCCCCAUCCAACUUUGAGCAUCGCGUGCACACAGGCUUUGACCAGCAUGAGCAGAAGUUCACAGGGCUGCCCCGCCAGUGGCAGAGCCUGAUUGAAGAGUCAGCACGCCGACCCAAGCCCCUUAUCGACCCCGCCUGCAUCACCUCCAUCCAGCCUGGAGCCUCCAAGACUAUCGUGCGGGGCAGCAAAGGUGCCAAGGAUGGGGCCCUCACACUGCUGCUCGACGAGUUUGAGAACAUGUCGGUGACGCGCUCCAACUCCCUGCGCAGAGACAGCCCGCCUCCACCACCUGCCCGUGCCCACCAGGAGAAUGGAAUGCUGGAGGAGCGGGCAGCCCCGGCCAGAAUGGCCCCUGACAAGGCUGGAGGCAGAGGCCGGGCCGCAGGCCACAGCGAGGCAGGCAGUGCUGACAGACGGCGGGUGGGGCCAGAGAAGAGGCCCAAGUCCUCGAGGGAGGGCCCAGGAGGGCCCCAGGAGGCCUCCCGAGAUAAGCGCCCCCUCUCUGGGCCUGAUGUUAGUACCCCCCAGCCUGCCAGUCUGGCCAGCGGGGCGAAACUAGCAGCUGGCAGGCCCUUUAACACAUACCCGCGGGCUGACACGGACCACCCACCCCGGGGUGCCCAGGGGGAGCCACACAGUGCGGCCCCUAAUGGGCCGUCAGCCACAGGCAUGGCUGCCCCUCAGUCUUCAUCCUCCUCCCGGCCUCCCACCCGAACCCGUGGUGCUCCCAGCCCAGGAGUGCUGGGCCCCCAUGCCUCUGAGCCCCAACUGGCCCCCCCAGCACGUGCCCCUGCUGCCCCUGCUGCACCCCCUGCCCCUGGGCCCCCUGGGCCUCGCUCACCACAGCGGGAGCCCCAACGAGUGUCCCAUGAGCAGUUCCGGGCUGCUCUGCAGCUGGUAGUGGACCCGGGGGACCCACGUUCCUAUCUAGAUAACUUCAUCAAGAUCGGCGAGGGCUCUACAGGUAUCGUGUGCAUAGCCACCGUGCGCAGCUCAGGCAAACUGGUGGCCGUCAAGAAGAUGGACCUGCGCAAGCAGCAAAGACGUGAGCUGCUCUUUAAUGAGGUGGUGAUCAUGAGGGACUACCGGCAUGAGAACGUGGUGGAGAUGUACAACAGCUACCUGGUGGGUGACGAGCUCUGGGUGGUCAUGGAAUUCUUGGAGGGAGGCGCUCUCACGGAUAUCGUCACCCACACCAGGAUGAACGAGGAACAGAUUGCCGCUGUGUGCCUGGCUGUGCUGCAGGCGCUGUCUGUGCUCCACGCCCAGGGCGUCAUCCACCGAGACAUCAAGAGUGACUCCAUCUUGCUGACCCACGAUGGCCGGGUGAAGCUGUCCGACUUCGGGUUCUGCGCCCAGGUGAGCAAGGAGGUGCCGAGGAGGAAGUCACUGGUAGGCACACCCUACUGGAUGGCCCCAGAGCUGAUCUCCCGCCUUCCCUACGGGCCAGAGGUAGACAUCUGGUCACUGGGGGUGAUGGUGAUCGAGAUGGUGGAUGGGGAGCCCCCCUACUUCAAUGAGCCACCCCUCAAAGCCAUGAAGAUGAUCCGGGACAACCUGCCACCCCGACUGAAGAACCUGCACAAGGCAUCGCCAUCUCUGAAAGGCUUCCUGGACCGCCUGCUGGUGCGUGACCCAGCCCAGCGGGCCACUGCUGCUGAGCUGCUGAAGCACCCUUUCCUCACCAAGGCGGGGCCACCGGCCAGCAUUGUACCCCUCAUGCGCCAGCACCGAACCAGAUGAGCCGGAGCCUGGUCCCCAACCAAAGAGCCCUGGGCCACCCUGCCCAGCAGAGGCCAGUAGGGGGCCGAUGCGCUCCUGCAGCCAGCCCAUGAGACACCGUGGGCAGCCACCAUCACUGUGCUGGGGGUUUCGUGGGACCCAACUGCUGAAGUCCGGUUUGGGUUCCAUGACUGUUAAAGCAGCACCAGGACAUGUGGGAGCAAGUGAGGCUCCCUGGUCCCUCACCCUCCAGGACAGGCCCCUCCCCUGUGCUCAGUCCACAGGAGAGCAGGCGGCAGCCCCAUCACUGGAAAUCUGCAUCAGGGGUCACUGGGGACAGAGAUGAUGCUGUGAGAAAGGUGCGUGUGUAAAGAGUGUGUGUGUGUGUGUGUGUGUGUGUGUGUGUGUGUGUGUGUGUGUGCCCAGAAAGUCCAGCUCCUCUGUCCUCAGUCUGCAAGGGGGAUCUCAGGCCUUGCCUGGUGCCCAGCCCCUGACCCUGAGCCAUUGAAGGGUCAAUCAUGAAUGUUUGAAGAGUGGCCUUUUCCCAGAGCCCCACACCCUCUUUCCACAGGAGAGUCAGGUUGGGGCCUCGCCUCCCCCAACCUCUGCAGCUAAUGACUACUGCACCUGGACAGCCUCCAUUUUCUAGAAGUCUAUUUAUAUUGUCAUUUUAUAACACUAGCUGUGUCUUAACCUGGGCACAGAUGAUCCCUGACCUGUGGGGUGGCCCGGAGACAGAGCCACUUUUGAAGAAUCAGGCUCCUGUCCCCCAUCCCGCCGCCCCUCCCUCCAGUUAGUUUUACAAUUAAAACAUUUUCUUGUUUUGUGGUA